AUGGCUCUUGAAUAUCUUGAAAUUAGCUUAGGUACCCAGGAUUUUUUUGGUGCAGAACUUUUCGUCUAUUGUGAUAAUGAAACAUCCAAUUCGAAGUUCCAGAGAAAAGCUGGCCAGGCUAGCCACUGGAUCAUCGGUUCCUGGAUGUUAUCGAGGGGAGCGGAUUUAUGUGGACAUAUGUCGUUUAGUGAUAGAGGAUUCAACGCUUGA